AUAAUAGUUAGAAAUGAAUGACAAUAGUGUUGAGACAUGUGAUGUGAUGUGGAUGUGAUGCUGGCCUACACCGAGUCUUUGACUGAUCCGAUGGAUGCGAUGGUGACAUCACUGGCGCGACAAAUGUCUCGACCGGAGAACCAGAUGAAUGGUCUGUCGUGGAGACGCCUCCACCUGUCGAGGGCUAAACUCAAGGCCAGUGCUCGCACUUCGGCUCUGCUGUCGGGCUUUGCUAUGGUAGCGAUGGUUGAGAUGCAAGUGAGCGCGAGUGGGGGCGAGAGAGGGGGCGAGAGUGCGGUGCCGUUGUGGUUGUUGGUGGCGUUCGCGGUGUGCACUACACUCUUGGUGUCCAUUCAUAUGUUAGCGCUAAUGAUCUCUACGUGUAUAUUACCGCACGUCGAGGCCGUCGCCUCUCUUCAUGGCUUCGCUGCCGUGAAUGAGUCGCCCCACGAGAGGAUGCAUCUAUACAUAGAGAUCGCGUGGGCUUUCAGUACAGUGUUUGGUAUAUUCUUAUUCCUCAUUGAAUUGGCGAUCCUUUUCUACGUUAAGUUCUGGGAAAUGGGAUCAAAGGGUCGAAAGGCAUCGCUCGCAGCCGUCAUUAUAUUGGUUCCAAUCGGCGUUAUAUUUAUUGCUUUUGCCGUUCAUUUUUAUCGGACAUUAGUGUCUCAUAAGUUUGAGCGCUCGGAACGAGGACUUCAAGAACUGGAGUCAAUGAUAACACAACUCCACAAUGAAAAUCAAUACAACACCACAGCUGUCAACCAAAUGAGCCCAACCGUCCCAAACACGGCAAACAUUUUAAAUGUAUAACAAUUGUUAAAUCUAUUAUUAUCAUCGAUUGUAUUAUUU